AUCUCGAGUACAAGAGCAUUGCAUAGGACCUGACUAUAGCACAAAACGCGACCAGAAUUUCACAAAUCUGCGUUACCCGCUUGGCAAAGUGCGGAUAUUGGCUACAUAGUUCAUGUCCACGUUUUCCACGUGUACAGAGGUCGUAUCGCAUUCAAGGAUCGCGUUUAGAUUGUAGAGAAUUUACAGUUCCAAGUUUAACAUACUGCAAACACUCGCAUACACAAUUUAUACUUCACACAUCUAUACGUUUUCCUGAGAAUAUGCUACGAUAGAUAUUAAAAUGUAGAUCGCAGCAAGUUUGCAAAUCACUGAGCUAUAAAUACCUGUAUGAUUUAAUGAUUGACCUUUGGACUUAUUCGUUAUGAGAGUCACACUGCUAGCCAGUUUAAAGACGACAUGUUUACGCAAGUUGUAAUUCAUGAUUUGAGAACAAGAUCAUGUAUGAAGUUGUUGAAAGCGCUGUACAGCAAGUCGCAAUCUGUACAUGUAGUUAAGGAAAUAGAAAUUCCAGUACCUUGGGGCAAGGUUGCCGGCAAAUUAUGGGGAUCGCAAGAUAAACAACCUAUUCUGGCUAUGCACGGCUGGCAAGAUAAUGCCGCAUCAUUUGAUACUAUAGCACCCCUUCUUAUAAAAAAUACACCAGUUCUGGCAAUCGAUUUACCUGGACACGGACUAUCUUCAUGGUUACCACCAGGAUUUAUGUACAAUGAAUUGGUGUACUUCUUGUUAAUCAAAAGAAUUAAAAGAUACUUUGGAUGGGAGAAAAUAAAAGUAAUGGCGCAUUCUUUAAGUGCUAUGACAACAUAUUGGUACGCUGCGUGUUUCUCAGAGGAGCUACAGUAUGUUGUAGCUCUGGACUUUUUCAAAUUUCCAGCUGUAGAAACGAGCGUAUACGCAACCAGAUUUGGAAAUGCAGUUGAUGCACUUUUCAAGUUGGAGGAAAGUAAUGUUCAACUAAGUUACUCUGAAAGCGAGAUUAUAAAAAAGGCAUCUGCAGGAUUUCUAAAUUUGGAUGAAUCAUUAUACAAGAUACUUAUGACUAGAGGUACCACACGAAAAGAAGAUGGAACAUAUGUUAUUAACAGAGAUCCUAGAUUACGAGUUCUACCCGUCCAUAGUAUGUUUUCGCAAGAGCAACUAGACGAAUUUGCAAAACUCAUAAAGUGUCCAUAUCUAAUAAUAAAAGAUGACGAUUUUUAUGGUGAGAAAAGAGAAAAUUUUUAUAAAACAUUAGAGGUAUUGAAAGCUGCCAAUGACAAAGUACAUUUUGAGACUCUAUCAGCAACUCACCAUCUUCACCUCAGUCAUGCGGAAAAUACGGCAGCAAUUAUUAAUCCCUUUUUAGAAAAGUAUGACUGAUGAAAUAUAUUCUGAGUAUAUGUAUAUGUAAUUAGUAAAAAAAUAUGAUAACUAUAUAUUGUUUUCUUUGUGCCCAAUAAUAUAGUUCAAAUUAAUAAUAAAUAAAUAUCUAAACUUAUUCA